UCGCAUCUCUUAAAUCACAGUUCGUAAAAGAUGGGACGCAGAAAGUCGAAGAGAAAACCCCCUCCCAAGAAAAAGAUGACGGGAAACCUGGACACCCAGUUCACCUGCCCCUUCUGUAACCACGAGAAGUCAUGUGACGUUAAGAUGGAGCGAAGUCGAAAUACGGGGAUAAUAUCCUGUACUGUGUGUCUUGAGGAAUUCCAGACACCAAUAACCUAUCUCUCAGAGCCGGUGGACGUGUACAGUGAUUGGAUAGACGCUUGUGAAGCAGCCAAUCAGUAGUUUUGCAGGGUCAAAGGUGACCAAAUACUCUUAAAGACUUGUGUUUCUUUGUUUUAAACUUCUGUAUUGAUUUACUGUUCAAUCUUGUAUUGAAGCUGAAAUAAUCAUCUAAUAAAGCCACAGGAGGCGGUUCAGGCAACACUGAGAUAAUGAUGAUGAU